CCUCGUGAGGAGGAGCUUAACUCAAAUGUUAGGAUAACUCAAUCCAUCUGACUGGGAAAACGGGAUGUGGAUAACAGAGAGCUAACCUAAUUGCAAAGGGCACUGGGAUGCCCUCACGGAUGUUGUGUCUAAGUUGGGGCCAGCAUGAUUCCAGCAGGUUCACUCAGUGUAAACACAGGCUGGCAAGGUCAAGGUGUUUCCCUUUGCCUGGAAACCAGGAGGUGUGGCCGAGUCAGGGCAUGAAGAACAGCAGAUCAACUGAAAAGUGGUGGAGAGGAGCCCUGCUCCUGGAUCUCUCUGGUUCCUCCAAAUGCUGGGGGCCAGCUCCCCGAGGCUAAAGGAGACAAGUCUGGACCAGGCAGGACAAGGCCCCAGGAACCACGCCGGCCGCCUGAACUUCAGACCAUGUACGCAUACUACUGCCGAGAGCCUGGGGAGGACGUCUGGCCUCUACUGCAGCACCUCACCUACACCUACCAGCCCGCCCCUCUGCUGCUGCCCCCUAUUCAAGCCCAUAACUUCUGCAGCCGGCCCUGGGACCUGUGCGCCGGCGAGUGGGCUGCUCCGCGGGAAUACCACUGCUUCCACGCCACCGGCGCGCCCCUGGAGGUCGCGCCGCCCUUUUGGGCCUUCCCGCCAGCCUACGCCGCGGCCCUGCGCCCGCCGUUCCCCGCGCCCGGCUACCUGGGGCCAUCGCUGCAGGCGCCCGCGGCCACCGGGCGGGCGGCGGUCGAGAGCGGGGCGCAGUGGCCCGAAGGCGGCACCCUGCGGGCCGAGCUGCGGUGGGGCUGCAUAGAGCGCGCACUCGGGCCGCGCCUCGAGCUGCCCGACUCGGUUCGCCGGGAGCUACGCCGCAUGUACGGCACAUACCCGCGCACCAACGUGCGCGUCACCUACCGCGGCGGCGAGUUCCUGCUCCAGGGCGCGCCGCGCCUGCGAGAGCCCGAGUACCGCGUCAAGAGGGGAGUUUUGCGGCCGCCGGCCAGCAGCGACAGCGGGGACGACAGUCCCGCAGGGGAAGCUUUGGAGCGCGGCCGCCGGAACAAGAGGAAGGCUUGAGCUGAGGGCGCGCGAGGUCCGGCGGCAGGCGACGGUGAGCACGCGCGCCGCUCUCCUGCCGCCGCAGCUAUGCGCUGGGGCUGGGU